UGUUACUGGUUUACCUCUCAGACUGGAGAAGAUGAGUGAUUUAAAAGACGAGGAAGAGGACACAUCCUCAGUCCCCAGCUGUCUGUCUCUGAAGAGUGACCGGUCUAGAAACUCUCCUCCACUCUUCAGUGAUGCACCUGGACCCUCAGACACAAAACAGAGAGCAGGGUCUCCAGCCCCCAGCUGUCUGUCUCUGAAGAGUGACCGGUCUAGAGGGCAACCUAUAUACUUCAGUGAUGAACCUGGACCCUCAGACACAAAAGGGAAGAGGAAGAGUCCUGUUCCUGUGGAGGAGCAGCUGUCCAGCUGUGCUCUGUGUCAGGAUGUCCUGGUGGAUCCAGUCUCUACCAGCUGUGGACACUGGUUCUGCAGACAGUGCAUCACCUCAUACUGGGAGCAGAGACCUCCAUCAGGAGACUCCUCCUGUCCUCAGUGUGGAAAAAGAUCCAGAACCAGAGCUGGCCUGCAGACAGCCAGUCAGACCAGCUCUGUACGAGCAGAACGUGGUCUGCAGGAGGUUUUAGAUGAACAUAGGCUCAGUCUGAGGAGGAGAUGUGAACAUGUGACUGAAGGAACUGAUCAAAGGGAAACCCUCCUCAACAGGAUCUUCACUGAGCUCUACAUCACACAAGGCCUCAGUGAAGAGGUUAAUACCCAGCAUGAGGUGAGGCAGCUGGAGACAGCUUCCAAGAAGAAGACCCUCCAUGACACUCCAAUCAAGUGCCAGGACAUCUUUAAAGCCUCACCUGACCAACAGACUCCCAUCAGAGCGGUCCUGACCAACGGAGUCGCUGGAGUUGGAAAAACCUUCUCAGUGCAGAAGUUCACUCUGGACUGGGCCGAGGGUUUGGGGAACCAAGAUGUCAGUCUGGUGAUCCCGCUCUCCUUCAGGGAGCUGAACCUGAUCAAAGGUGAGCAGUACAGUCUUCUCAGGCUGCUCCAUGUUUUCCAUCCAACCUUACAGAAGGUCACAGCAGAGCAGAUGGCUGUCUGCAAAGUGCUGCUCAUCUUUGACGGCCUGGAUGAGAGCAGACUUUCUCUGGACUUCAGAAACAGUGAGGUUGUGUCUGAUGUCUCUCAGCAGUCCUCAGUCAACGUGCUGCUGACAAACCUCAUCAGGGGGAAGCUGCUUCCCUCGGCUCUCGUCUGGAUAACUUCCAGACCUGCAGCGGCCAAUCAGAUCCCUCCUGAGUGUCUGGACAGGGUGACAGAAGUACGAGGCUUCACUGACGCCCAGAAGGAGGAGUACUUCAGGAGGAGAUCGAGUGAUGAAGACCUGUCCAGCAGAAUCAUCUCUCACAUCAAGAGCUCCAGGAGCCUCCACAUCAUGUGUCUGAUCCCAGUCUUCUGCUGGAUCACUGCUGCAGUUCUGGACCACAUGUUGACUACAGACCAGAGAGGAGAGCUGCCCCAGACCCUCACUGACAUGUACUCACACUUCCUGCUGGUCCAGACCAAGAGGAAGAAGCAGAAGUAUGAAGAGGGACAUGAGACGAGUCCACAGCAGCUGACGGAGGCUGACAGGGAGCUUCUUCUGAAGCUGGGGAGGCUGGCGUUUGAACAUCUGGAGAAAGGAGACAUCAUGUUCUACCAAGAAGACCUGCAGCGCUGUGGUCUUGGUGUCACCGAGGCCUUGGUGCACUCAGGAGUUUGCACAGAGAUCUUCAAAAGAGAGAGUGUGAUCUUCCAGAAAACAGUCUACUGCUUUGUUCAUCUGAGCAUUCAGGAGUUCCUGGCUGCAGUCUACAUGUUGCACUGUUACACCAACAGAGACACAGAGGUACUGAAGGACUUCCUGCAGAGAGGCUAUAGCAACAGGUAUAACAGAGAUCAGGAUUACCCAUCCCUGGAUGUCUUCCUUAAAGGAGCCAUGAAGAAAUCCCUCUGUAGUGAAAAUGGCCACCUGGACCUGUUUGUCCGCUUCCUCCACGGCCUCUCUCUGGAGUCCAACCAGAGACUGUUAGGAGGCCUGCUGGGUCGCUCAGACAACAGACCAGAAACCAUCCAGAGAGCCAUCAGCAACCUGAAGGAGAUGAGCAGUUAUUAUAUUUAUCCCGACAGGAUGAUCAACAUCUUCCACUGUCUGACAGAGAUGAAGGACCACUCAGUACAUCAUGAGAUCACAGAGUUCCUGAAGUCAGAGAACAGAUCAGAGAAAGAACUCUCUGAGAUCCACUGCUCUGCUCUGGCCUACAUGCUGCAGAUGUCAGAGGAGGUUUUGGAUGAGUUGGACCUGAAGAAGUACAAAACAUCAGCUGAGGGACGACGGAGACUGCUUCCAGCUGUGAGGAACUGCAGGAAGGCCAAACUUUCUAACUGUGGACUCUCAGAGACUGGAUGUGAAGUCGUGGCCUCAGCUCUGAAGUCUGACCCCUCCCACCUGAGAGAUCUGGACCUGAGUGAGAACCCUCUGAAGGAUUCAGGAGUGGAGCUGCUGAGUUCUGGACUGAAGAGUCCAAACUGCAGACUGGAGGCUCUCAGACUGAGGUACUGCAGUUUGUCAGAGAUCAGCUGUUCUGCUCUGGCCUCAGCUCUGAAGUCCAACCCCUCCCAUCUGAGAGUUCUGGACCUGAGUGAGAACAGGCUGAAGGAUUCAGGAGUGAAGCUGCUGAGAGAUCUUCUGGAGAGUCCAGACUGCAGACUGGAGACUCUCAGGAUCAAUGGUGAGACGAUCAGAGCCAAGAUCCAGAAGACCUCUCCAGGCUCCAGUUUCCUUCUCACCUGAACACACUCUGAAUCUUCAUACAGGUCCAGGAGGGAAAUGUUCCAAAGAAAGGUGGCAUUUUCCAGUGAAAACAGAGCAUAUUCCAAACAGAGAACAGCGAACGCAUUACUGGACGACAGACUACUGAGACCAGGGGCGGACUGGCCAUUGGGAAUACCGGGAAUGUUCC